GCUUUCUCGAUGCCCCAUCUUUGGCGUGAAGCGUUCCCCUAUCCACCCACUAUCUGCCAAAGGGAAGAUCCCCCAAGGGCAGGAGGUCGGGCCAACGUAGGGGACCUAGGACACUACUGGACCCUCUGAAAAAGGGGGGACGCGACCCAGGCCCCUUCCCCGCCGUCCCGCCCUCGGUGUCCGGCGCUAAGACCCAGCGGGCGCGCCACCAGCCCCGGCCCCCGCCCGCCCCUCGGGGCCGGGCCGCCCUGAGCUCUGGAGAGCCGGCCGGCGGGGGCAUGGGUCGCGCGGCUUGGGGGCUGCUGUGGCUGCUGCUGGGCAGCGCCGGCGGGCAGUACGAGAAGUACAGCUUCCGGGGCUUCCCGCCCGAGGACCUGAUGCCGCUGGCCACGGCCUACGGGCACGCGCUGGAGCUGUACGAGGGCGAGAGCUGGCGCGAGAGCGCGCGCUACCUCGAGGCGGCGCUGCGGCUGCACCGGCUGCUGCGCGACAGCGAGGCCUUCUGCCACGCCAACUGCAGCGGCCCCGCGCCGCCCGCGGCCUCCAGCGCCGCGCCCGGCCCCGACGGCGGCGGCGGCGACGGCGACGAGUGGGCCCGCGAGCUGUGGCUCUUCGGCCACGUCCUGGAGCGCGCCGCCUGCCUGCGACGCUGCAAGCGCACGCUGCCCGCCUUCCAGGUGCCCUACCCGCCGCGCCAGCUGCUGCGCGACUUCCAGAGCCGCCUGCCCUACCAGUACCUGCACUACGCGCUGUUCAAGGCUAACCGGCUGGAGAAGGCGGUGGCCGCGGCCUACACCUUCCUCCAGAGGAAUCCGAAGCACGAGCUGACCGCCAAGUAUCUCAGCUACUACCGGGGGAUGCUGGACGUCGCCGACGACUCCCUCACGGACCUAGAGGCCCAGCCCUACGAGGCCGUGUUCCUCCGGGCUGUGAAGCUCUACAACAGCGGGGAUUUCCGCAGCAGCACCGAGGACAUGGAGCGGGCCCUGGCCGAAUACCUGACGGUCUUUGCCCGGUGUCUGGCCGGCUGUGAAGGGGCCCACGAGCAGGUGGACUUCAAGGACUUCUACCCAGCCAUAGCAGAUCUCUUUGCAGAGUCCUUGCAGUGCAAGGUGGACUGUGAGACCAAUUUGACCCCCAAUGUGGGCGGCUACUUCGUGGACAAGUUUGUGGCCACCAUGUAUCACUACCUGCAGUUUGCCUACUACAAGUUGAAUGACGUGCGCCAGGCCGCCCGCAGCGCCGCCAGCUACAUGCUCUUCGACCCCAAGGACAGUGUCAUGCAGCAGAACCUGGUGUAUUACCGCUUCCACCGGGCUCGCUGGGGCCUGGAAGAGGAGGACUUCCAGCCCCGGGAGGAAGCCAGGCUCUACCACAACCAGACCUCCGAGCUGCGGGAGCUGCUGGAGUUCACCCACAUGUACCUGCAGUCAGACGACGAGAUGGAGCUGGAGGAGACAGAACUGCCCACGCAGCCCAAGGAUGCCCCAUCCGACAUCGAGUUUGAGGGGGAAGGUGACUAUGAGGAGGGCAUCUAUGCUGACUGGUGGCAGGAGCCAGAUGCCAAGGGUGACGAGGCUGAGGCUGAGCCAGAGCCUGACCUGGCAUGAGAAGGGGACACCCCUCUCCCCUCAGGAGCUUGGGAAGCCUGAGCCUGAUGGCACCACCCUCGCCGGCCUGGGCAGCAGGAAGAACUAUUUAUUAAAAACUUGAAACGGA